AGUUUUAUAAUCUCACGCGCGAUUGUAAAUGUCUGUGAUGAUUUAACUAAAGGACCUUAUUUAUAUUAAUGAACUGUUGAACGUAAAUUUUCGUAACAAUGUAUUGGUUAAUAUUCGGUGGUUUUUUAGUGACCGUGUUUGGAAAAAGUUUUAAUAACAUUGACGUUCCACCGAGAGGUUGUGAAUGGCAGAUGCAACUAAUUGAUUUGAAUGUAAGUGAAGAAGAACCAGUGCUCUACUGUCAAAUUAGGACUAUAAAUAGUGUCGAACUCGUAAUUAGAAAUUUGACACAAGCGGACUCAGAUCGAGUAUCAGUAUUAAUGUUAGAAUGUAACGAUGUGCUAUUUUUUGAAAGUUCUUUAGAAACAGCUCGACAAGGUAGUUUUUUAUCGUCUUUAAAACAUUUGAAAGAUUUAAGAAUGGAAAACUGCAAAAUUCGAAAUAUUCCAGCCGGAGCUUUUUCUCAACUCAGACACCUGAGGAAAUUAUCUCUCAGAUCGCAUAAUUCAGAAUGGUCAGCUAUGAAUUUAGAAUUACAUCCCGAUAGCUUCAGAGGAUUAGCAGACGUAAGACGAUUAGAUUUAGCCGAUAAUAAUAUUUGGAGCAUACCUCAAGAAUUGUUUUGUCCUUUGUUUAAUUUGAAUCAUUUGAAUUUGACGAGAAAUAAACUACAAAACGCAUCGGCUUUAGGAUUUUCCGAUUGGGGAAGUGGACCAUUAGCUCCAGGUACAGCUUGUGCUAGUAAUUUAGAAGUUUUGGAUUUAUCCAACAACGAUAUAAUAUCCUUGUUAGAUAACGGAUUUUCGGCCUUAAGAUCCUUGGAAGAACUUCAUUUGGAAAACAACGCGAUUUCGACUUUGGGAGAACGUGCAUUUGUCGGUUUAACUUCGUUAAACUCCUUAAAUUUAUCAAGUAACUGUCUCGUUGGUUUACCACCUGAAUUAUUCCAAAGCACUAGAGAGUUGAGGCAUCUCUAUUUACACAACAACUCCCUUAGUGUCUUAGCUCCGGGACUUUUAGAAGGAUUAGAUCAACUUCAAGUUUUGGAUUUAUCUUUUAACGAAUUGACGAGUCAUUGGGUGAAAAGAGAUACUUUCUUGGGAUUGGUUAGAUUAGUAGUACUCAAUCUAGCUAAUAAUCAGUUGACUAAAAUCGAUUCUAUGUUAUUUAGAGAUUUAUACACGUUACAAAUUUUAAAUUUGGAAUAUAAUAAAAUAAGUACGAUAGCAGAAGGUGUGUUUGCGGAAUUAAAAAAUUUACACGCUCUAAUAUUGACACAUAAUAAUUUGGUACGUAUCGAAAGUUACCACUUUUCUGGAAUGUACGCUCUAAAUCAACUACUGUUAGAUUCCAACGAAAUAGAAUAUAUACACCCCAGAGCAUUCGAAAACGUGACGAAUUUACAAGAUUUGAUCCUGAACGGAAAUAUUUUAGGUACAGUGCCGCCCGGUAUCGGACAAUUACGAUUCUUAAGAACUUUAGAUUUGGGUAAAAACCAUAUCAAAUCCGUGACUAAUGGUUCGUUCGAAGGUCUAGAAAUGUUGUACGGUUUAAGGUUAGUCGACAAUCAUAUUGUGAAUAUUUCGAGAGACGCUUUUUCUACUUUACCGUCUUUGCAAGUGUUGAAUUUAGCUUCGAAUAAAAUCAAAUUUGUAGAACAAAGUGCGUUUUCCAGUAAUCCGACGUUGAAAGCGAUACGGUUAGAUUCCAACGAACUUACCGAUAUUAGUGGUGUAUUUACGAAUUUAAAAACUCUCGUUUGGUUGAACGUUUCAUCGAAUAAAUUGUUAUGGUUCGAUUUCAGUCAUUUACCUGUCAGUCUCGAAUGGUUAGAUAUGCACGAUAACCAAGUACCCGAAUUAGCGAAUUACUACGACGUCAGAAAUAAUUUGAAAAUAAAAAUGUUGGACGCCAGUUAUAAUUUAAUAACGGAAAUAAAAGAAAAUUCAGUACCCGACAGUGUAGAAACUCUAUUUUUAAACAACAACAAGAUAACGACAGUGCAUGCUAACACGUUCAACAAUAAGAAAGAUUUAGAAAAAGUGGUUUUGUACGGAAACGAAAUAAAGUUUCUCGAUUUGGCAGCGCUAAGUUUGAGUCCGGUAACUAAUGAAAAAGAUUUACCGCAAUUUUAUAUCGGAGACAACCCUUUUUAUUGCGAUUGUAAGAUGGAAUGGCUCUUGAGAAUUAAUCAUUUGAGUAACUUGAGACAAUACCCUCAAGUGCUUGAUUUAGAUGCGGUCACGUGUGAAUUAGCCCAUUCGAGAGGCGCGCCUCCACAACCUCUAUUAUCUUUAAAGCCUUCGAACUUUUUAUGCCCUUACGAGGCCCACUGUUUCCCGGUUUGUCACUGUUGCGAUUUCGACGCUUGUGAUUGUGAAAUGACGUGUCCGGAUCGUUGUACUUGCUAUCACGAUCAUACUUGGAGUUCGAACGUGGUGGAUUGUAGUAACGCCGAUUACACCAACGUUCCCGAGAAGAUUCCUAUGGACGCUACUGAAAUUUAUCUAGACGGUAAUGAUCUAGGCGAGUUGGGUAGUCACGUUUUCAUCGGAAAGAAAAAACUCGAAGUUUUGUUUUUGAAUAACAGCAACGUUAAAGCUUUACACAAUAGAACUUUUAACGGAGCCAACUCUUUGAAAAUUCUUCACAUGGAAAAUAAUAAAUUGGAAGAGUUGCGCGGCUUCGAAUUCGAUCAAUUAGAAAAUAUUAACGAACUCUAUUUAGAUCACAACGAAAUAAGUUACGUUAAUAAUAAUACAUUUAAAAAAAUGCGUAAACUGGAAGUGUUGAAAUUAGACGAAAAUAAAAUCGUUAAUUUCGUCCCGUGGACUGAAGUAGAAACGGUUUCGCAUCCUCGUGUUACCCUCGACGGCAACAAGUGGUCUUGCGAUUGCAAUACCCUGAAUCGUCUCGUAGCCUGGAUUCGAGAGACAGGUGGAAAUCCCGCUAAAAUGUACUGUGCCGAUUUAGACAAUUCCGAGACUGUCGCCGAUGUUAUUCAUCGUUGCGAGUAUAUGGACAACGCUAUCGCAACUUCGGUAAUUCAACGAGAUGUUUUGAAAAGUCAUCAGUUAUUCGGAGGCGGUAGUUACGUACCGCUUUUGGCGACUACUCUAGUGGCGGUGAUUAUCGUGUGUUUAUUGGUAGCCAUCAUGUUCGUUUUUCGGCAGGAAGUUAAAUUGUGGGCGCAUUCUAAGUACGGGGUGAGAAUUUUCCAAGACGUCAACAGUGAACGUGACGGCGAUGACGACAGCGACAGACUCUACGAUUGCUACAUGGUGUACAGUCACAAAGACGAAGAUCUCGCGUCUAGGGUGAUUGCGCCCGAACUGGAACAACUAGGCCAUACGUUAUGUCUACAUUACAGAGAUCUACAUCUAAUGGGUGGCGCGUCCUACCUCGCCGAUGCUAUGGUUGGAGCGGCCGACGCUUCUAAAAGAGUAGUACUGGUAGUAUCCCCAUUACUUAUCUGCAACGAAUGGUCUCGUCCUGAAUUUCGAGCUGCUCUUCAAGCUGCACUCAGGACAACGUAUCGACAAAAACUAAUUUGUAUACUGAACGGCGAUCCUUUGGAACCGAUGGAUCCCGAAUUGAGAGCUUUGCUAAGAGCUUGCACAGUUACCAGAUGGGGAGAAAGACGAUUCUGGGAGAAACUAAGGUACGCAAUGCCUGAUGUAAUUCACGGUUCGACUGCUAGAAGAAAUAAGAAGCCUCCAGAGAUUAGGUGUAAACCUCCCACGCGCUACACUCCCGCCCCCACAGCACACGAUUCUUGGUGUAAAUACCAGCCGAUGCCGGGGGUGCACGCGGUAGCUUUAACACCAACCCCAACACAAAGUACGUACGUGUCUGGAGAAUCUGCGCGUAGUACUGAAGAUGAAGCGGGGUCUAGUUCUAGUAGUCAACAUUAUGGUUCUGAACAAUUGAAUCAUAGUUACGUGUCAAUUGAUGGGCGACCUCCGCAGUACAGUCAGUACCCGCCUUCGAGGAACGAAGUACCGCAUCAUGUUUAUUCCACCAUCCCAGAUGCUCCGCCCCCUACUAGAACGUAUUUCGUUUAAAUCGGGGGCAUAGAUAAUUUUUCAAUUAUUAGGCCAGUCGGUUGAGGAUUCAAAUUUAUUAUUUAUACAGACAAUUAUACAGGGUGUCCCAUGACAAGAUAAAACUAUUUGUAUAUGGCAAAAUACUUAUAGUAAAAACAUGAAAAUUUCUACCUUUUAGUUUUCGGAUACGAUUUUUUCAACUAAAAUGUUUUCAAAAAUGGCCGAAUUCCGAUUCUACCGGAAGUCGACUGUUAUUUUAAAUGAAACGCCCUAUAUGUUAGUACAUUUUUGAAAUUUACGUAAAAUUUUAGUAUACUUUUGUCUAAAAACUUUUUUCGAAAAAUGCAUACUUUUUGAGUUUUUUUUGUAAAAAAUAUGACCGCUGCA